UUCAGGCAUAAGGAAGUUAUUAUUUAUCCAGAUGACCACACUAAGCCUCCUGUUGGGGAAGGUUUAAAUCGUAAGGCACAAGUGACACUUGAUCGUGUAUGGCCUCAUGAUAAGUGCAGUCAUGAACCAAUCACUGAUCCAAAGCGAUUAAUUGAGAUGGAUUAUGAAGGAAAAUUAAGGAGGGUUUCUGCAAAACACGAUACAAGAUUUUUAGAAUACAGACCAGAAACAGGGUCAUGGGUGUUUAAAGUAGACCAUUUUUCUAAGUAUGGAUUAAGCGAUUCAGAUGAUGAAGAGGCUGUAGUCAACGAAAAAUCUAAGAAAGAAAUAAUGAAAGCUACGGAAAUUCAAAAGUUUUCUGAAAGUCUUGUAGACAAAAAACUUUUUACCAAGAAAACAUGUUUCGUACACUCCUUUUACUCAACCGAUGACUAUGAUGAAGAAGGGUCAAAUAAACUAGAAGCACAGCAAAAAAAAAAUGAUUCAGGAAAAAUUCUUUCGACAAAUACAAUUCAAAGUUCUUCUGCUGUUAAUGCUCAUCUUGCGGGUACUAAAUCUCAUACUCUACAGUUAAUGAAAGCAAGUUUUUUUGAGUUAGGUAACCUAUCUUUUCCUGAAGAGUAUUUUCAAAAUGAUGAAUCCAUUGACCAAAGACACCUAUCAUUCGUUGAAGCUGGUACUGGACUUCAACAAAAAAAAACACGAAAUUCUUUAGAUGAGUUAGCUCCUUUGUCUAGUGUCAACUUGUUGAGAAACCAAUCAGCUUAUACAAAUAAAUCCAUAUGUGACGUAGAAGUAUUAAGGAAUUUCAGUAAACUCGUAAAGAAUUCGACACUAGAAUUUCAGCCAAAAGUAUUUAAUUCAGAAUAUCAAUAUUCUACGGAUUUGGAAAUCUUUGAUAGCAAUGAGUGUUAUCUCAAAUGUGUGGCAGAUAUUGGGCUUCAGAAGAAAAAACAAUACAAGUUAAAGUGGUCACCUAAAUUAACUCUACUGUCUUGUAACAACAACACUGGUCAUGGUGUAAGCAAUUCGGUCUCAUUCGCAAAAAUAAAGGAUUGUUUUCGCAGUGACUUCAAAUAUUUCAUAGAGUUGUCUCGUAGAGUCACUUAUGAAUUUGAAAUGGAAAUAUUUAAAAAAUUUAAAGAUAGCGUAGAGCAACAUCUGAACGUUCAUCUUAAAUAUUUGCAUAUAGAAGUUACAAACAGCAGUCCAUGCAUCUCACCGAUAUCAGUGCCAUCAAAUAAAGAUGCCAUCCAUGAGCAUGCAGCAUUAUCAGCUGAAAAAAAUUACUUGUCUAAUAUAGAUUUAUCAACCGUUUAUUUUCAAAAUGUAUGGCAGUUGAUCGAAUCUUUGUGGGGUACAUUAGUGGUAACUUUUUUCGAUUCGCAUAUCCAUGAAAUAGAAGUGCUCAGAAAAGAAGCAUUGACUAAAUGGUUUCAGCAAAUUACAGCAGUAAUUAUUAAAGGCGGAAUCCAAGCUACAGAGCCUAAGGAUCAGACGAUAUUUUUGCUUUUAACUGCUAACAAAGUAGAAGAAGCUUGCAACAUAGCAUUAGAAUCUGGAGAUUAUUGUCUUGCUCUUCUCUUAUCUCAAUUAGACGGAAGCUCCAUGGUACGUGAACUGAUAGAACAUCAAAUUGAACUAUGGCAAGAUGCUGAAGCGGACGAUUAUUUUUCAUUAAGUCGAUUAAAACUAAUUAUGCUUAUAGCAGGUGUCAAGAAAUUAUCCAAAAAAAGUGAAACUGUAAACGUGUGUGAAGAUUUAGAUUGGAAAAGAGCUUUUGCUGUUCACUUAUGGUAUUUAGCUCCUUCAACUGCCUCGAUAACGGAUGUUCUAGAUGUUUAUGACUCUUCAAUAACAGCUGAUAAAAGUCAUUUUAUACCACGACCUGAAUAUUUCAAUAACGAUUCAAAAACGGCUAUGUAUACUGCCCGAGCUCCAAUUGAUCUAUGUUAUCAUCUUAUAAAACUGUAUUGUUCUAGAAGUUAUCCUAUUGAAGUGUUGUUGAAUCCAGAAAGUUACACGGGGAAUAUAUUUGACUACAGAAUGAGUUAUAUGUUGCAUCAAACACUGAUUGGCCUGGGAUAUACACAUGUGCCAGAUCACGUGACUACAAUAGUUUAUUCGAGUUUUGCAGCUCAAUUAGAAACUUACGAUCUUUGGAACUGGUCUAUUCUCAUAGUUUUAAAUCAUAAAAAUUGUUAUGAAAGAGAAAGAGCAGUAAUGGAUUUACUUUUCCGACAUGUAGAGUUAGAUAAUACAUCAGACUAUGAAGAAAAAGAGAACUUUUUGAUAAAAAGUUUGAAAAUAUCUCCAAAAUGGAUCAAUGAAGCUAAAGCAGUCAAAGCAUCAACUAUAAAAAGGUAUGAAGAAGCUGCUUGGUAUUAUAUUGCUGCAGAAAAAUGGAAUGAGGCUCAUGAAAUUAUUAUAAGACAUAUUGCUAUCGAUGCCAUCAUUAAUGGAGAUCAUGAGUAUUUAAAGACUUUGUUACGUUUAUUUAUAUCAACUGACUGCUACACUUCUGUUAGUGGUUGGGCUUAUCAAGGACAGCUUAUUUUAGAUUACAUCACAAUUAUAACAGAAAUAAAUGAAUUAUUAAAAAACAAAAGCAAUCUUGAUGUGAUGUAUAGCUUAGAAUUACUACGUCCACAAUUAAUAUCCCUUUGCACUAACAUCAAAAUGUUUCCGAGCAACUCUUCAAAAAAUAGAUUAUGCCAAGCAGAAAUGUCAAAGAGAAUCUUACAACUUGCUAAAGGACUACUGAUGUCAUCUAGUGAAGAAGAUAAUAGUAAUUUUUUUAUCCAAUUUGUUUCACAAUUACCAUUACCAGAAGAUUAUGCCCAACAAGAAUUGCGAUCAGUUAUUAAUGGCUUUGUUUGAAAUCAAUUAAAAUAUACUAUUACGAUGCAAUAUGUUCAAAUUAUCACCAUGUAUUGAGGUCUUAAAAGAAUACAAAAUAUUUUUCAAGUAAAUUGAGACAGUUGCUAGCAAUAUCUUUAAAUUUCUUAUUCAACAAAAUUUUGGUACAAAAUUUUUUUUAACUCAUGUUUAGAGACUUCACUUACCAAAUUAUUACUAUACAAUAUGUUUGAUAAUUUCAAUUGUAAUGUUGUAAAUAAACAUAAUUUCUUAAUGAA